UGGAGAUUCCAUUCCAAUCCCAAAGAGAAGGGGGAACCAACAACAAUGGGUACUUGAUAAAAGCAGACUUUGCAGCCAGCCGCUAAUCAGUGCAAUCAACAUAGCACUUGGGCUAAUAAGCCGCGAAAAGCGGAUGGUUCGGUGGUCCAGGUUUUUAGGCCAGGCCGAGAGUUCAGUUAUCAACGGAACCUUCCACUGACAGUAUGAGGCUCUCACCGACUUGCCACUUCAAUCUGCUGGCUCUCUGCCUCCUGGGGCAAGUGGUGCAAUCCCAGGUGCUUUCCAUGUCACCAGAUGCAAACGCCACCACACAGGCGGUGACAAAAAUUCUACGCCGGCACAAGCGUUAUCUGGCAUUUCCGGAGGGUUCGUCGGUUUCGGGAGCCAUAUGCAUGACGAUCGGCAUGAUUGGCAAUCCCGAUGUCGACUAUCUCAGUUGGGCAGUCAACUGGGGCGUGGCCUACGAUCUACCCAACCACCAGUGGGUCAUCCAACAUGCCCAUGGCUUGAACGCCACUCUGGCCAAGGACACCAUUAAACGACGCUCUCGAAGAGCUUUUUACGAUGAAGUGCAGUCUAUUUUUGACAACAUGGGUUUUAAUGGCCGUUCCUGUGUGGCUCGAGCUCUUUGCGAGAGUGCCAAGUUCAUGCUGCCGGCGGAGAAGAAGGGUAACAUGUUGCAGGAGUUGGUCAGAACGGUCUUUAGCCUGCCCCCUUCACCUGUAGAUGCCCACGAGCCCCAGGAACAUCAUCGGUACGAUCGCAUCUACCGCAGAUCCAAGAGGAACUCAGGGGAGUGCCAUGAAAUCUAUCCGGGAUGCCAGUUCUCACUGCUGGCCUUGGCUUUGGGAAAAUAUAUGGCAGCCACCACCACCAAGAUUAGUGCUUUUAAUUAUAUGUGAAAAAAAAUUUUUUUGACAACUUAAAAACAAUAUAAAAUAUGGAUUUAAAAUGGCAUUAAAACUAUUUUUUAUUUAACAGAACCUCUUAACUUGGAUAGGUUUCCUGUAAGGAUUCCCAUUUCCCACCAAAAACCCUUCAAAAAUAAAACACAACUUUGGUUUUUUUUAAA